GAAAGAAGAUGUUAUAUCAAAUGCAAAAAAUAAUGAAAAGUACAGAAAGUAUAGUCCAUCAUUAGAAUGAAAUAAGUACACUUCUAGAAAUAGCCGACGUAACCCAUCAAAAGAGCGCCAUAGAAAUAGCUUUGAAAGCAGAAGGAGAAGUUCAUCAAAGAAUAGAAAACAUCAUACAAGGAAGUCUAGAAGCAGAAGUCAUACUUUCCAUAGAAACAAAACAGAAACCUCUGGAAGCAGCAACGGUAAUUUAUCAAAAAACCAACGAUCAGAAAACGAAAUAAGCCUAAAUAAGAGUACUUUAAGUGGAAGAAAAAGAGAAAGAUCUGGAAGCAGAAGCCGUAAUUUAUCAAAAAAACAACUAUCAGAAAAUGAAAUGAGCCAUAAGAAGAGUUCUUCAAGUAGGAGAAAAGGAGAAAUAUCUGGAAGCAGAAACCAUACUAUGUCAAAUGACAAAAGAAGAUCAAAUUCAAUAAAACCAAAGUGCAGUCCAUCAAAAGAAAGAAAAGGACACAGUUUUGGAAGCAGAAACAAAACCUCGUCACGAGAGGAAAAGAGAUCAGUAACUUCCAAAAGUACAAAAAGUAAUUCAUCCGAAGAAAAAAGUAAAGAUGAAACAUACAAAAAUAAAAUUCCUGAUUCGUUAAAAGAGAAAGCGAGAUUAAACACCUUUGACAGAAAAAAACGUAGUUCUUCAAAAGAAUCAGAAAAGAGAUUAGGUGACAGUUUGUCUAAUAUUACAACAACCUUGAAUUCUGACAACAAUAACCUAACACAGAGUCUGUCUGACGUCACCAUUAACAUAAGUAACAGCCAAGAAGAGGUUUAUAACAAUUUAGACGUCUCAAACAAUAUUGAAGAUGAUAGAUCUUUAAUGGCGUCGCCUGAAAAUAGGGAGGAUACAACUGGAGACAAAAUUGAUGACAUUGAGUUAUUGUAUCGUAUGGACAGAACUCUCAUUGUCGUUCAUAAUAAGGUGAAUCAUUUAAUUAAUAUUCAACAAGAUAGUAAUGAAGUAAGGAAGAAUUACUCUAAUACUGGGUCUCACGAAACGUUACCAAAGGAGCCUCUAAAGACGGUUGACGAACUUGAGGCGUUUGAAGAAGACUUUGGAAAUAAUCACCUAGCCUUAGAGAAAUUAAAAAGGAAGGUGACUCAAAAGGGUGGAAAGAAUGUCGCUAAAGCUUGCAGGGCAGUCAUGGAAGACAUUAUGACUAAUACCUUAGCCCGGGAGUACUCUUGGAAAGGAAUAAAAGGAAAUCGAAAAUUUGAAAAUAAAACAAUAGCUGUGACCGUUAUAGAAGAACUGCUUAAAAUGUACAAGGGCUCAACAGAGAAUGAGAUAAAAAUUGUUAUACAAGAUUGGUUUCGAAAGGCUGGAGACCGAAUAAAAAGAAACAUUGCCCGUAAUGAGCGAAAUUAA